AGGAGACUCCAUGAGUCGCCCGGAGGCAGCGCCGCGGCUGCUGUGAGGAGUCCGGCUGCGGAGCCGCCGGCGGCCCGGCCGCUCAGGGCUGGGGCCUGGGCCGGGCAGGGGAGGCCGGAGCGGCGCCGGGAGCCCGAGGCCGGAGCCGCGGAGGAGGAAUGUGACCGGGGGUCGUCGGGGCGCGGGAGUACGCGAGCGCAGGGAUGGGGCAGCAGGUGGGCCGCGUCGGAGAGGCUCCGGGGCUCCAGCAGCCUCAGCCCCGCGGGAUCCGGGGCAGCAGUGCAGCCAGGCCCUCCGGCCGCAGGCGGGACCCGGCGGGGCGUACCACCGAGACCGGCUUCAAUAUCUUCACCCAGCAUGAUCACUUUGCCAACUGUAUGGAGGAUGGAUUUGAGGGAGACAAGACUGGAGGCAGUAGUCCAGAAGCUUUGCAUCGCCCCUAUGGUUGUGAUGUUGAACCCCAGGCACUGAACGAAGCCAUCAGGUGGAGCUCCAAGGAGAACUUGCUCGGAGCCACUGAGAGUGACCCUAAUCUCUUCGUUGCACUUUAUGAUUUUGUAGCAAGUGGUGACAACACACUCAGCAUCACUAAAGGUGAAAAGCUGCGAGUCCUUGGUUAUAACCAGAAUGGUGAGUGGAGUGAAGUUCGCUCUAAGAAUGGACAGGGUUGGGUGCCAAGCAACUACAUUACCCCGGUGAACAGUCUGGAAAAACAUUCCUGGUACCAUGGACCUGUGUCACGCAGUGCAGCGGAGUAUCUACUCAGCAGUCUCAUCAAUGGCAGUUUCCUGGUGCGAGAAAGUGAGAGCAGCCCCGGGCAGCUGUCCAUCUCGCUCAGGUACGAGGGGCGUGUGUAUCACUACAGGAUCAAUACCACCGCAGAUGGCAAGGUGUACGUGACUGCUGAGAGCCGCUUCAGCACGCUGGCAGAGCUUGUCCAUCAUCACUCCACAGUGGCUGAUGGACUGGUGACAACACUGCACUACCCAGCACCCAAGUGUAAUAAGCCUACCGUCUAUGGCGUGUCCCCCAUCCAUGACAAAUGGGAAAUGGAACGGACAGACAUUACCAUGAAGCACAAACUUGGGGGCGGUCAGUAUGGAGAGGUGUAUGUAGGCGUCUGGAAGAAGUAUAGUCUGACAGUUGCUGUGAAAACACUGAAGGAAGAUACUAUGGAGGUGGAGGAGUUCCUGAAAGAGGCUGCAGUGAUGAAGGAAAUCAAGCAUCCUAAUUUGGUACAACUUUUAGGUGUGUGUACUUUGGAGCCACCAUUUUACAUUGUGACUGAAUACAUGCCAUAUGGGAAUUUGCUUGAUUAUCUCCGAGAAUGCAACCGAGAAGAAGUGACGGCAGUUGUGCUGCUCUACAUGGCCACUCAAAUCUCUUCUGCAAUGGAAUAUUUAGAGAAGAAGAAUUUCAUCCAUAGAGAUCUUGCAGCUCGUAACUGCCUAGUGGGAGAAAACCAUGUGGUAAAAGUGGCUGACUUUGGCUUAAGUAGACUGAUGACUGGAGACACAUACACUGCUCAUGCUGGAGCCAAAUUUCCGAUUAAGUGGACAGCACCAGAGAGUCUUGCCUACAAUACUUUCUCCAUUAAAUCUGAUGUCUGGGCUUUUGGGGUACUGUUGUGGGAAAUUGCCACAUAUGGAAUGUCACCAUAUCCAGGUAUUGACCUUUCUCAGGUCUAUGAUCUUCUGGAAAAAGGAUAUCGAAUGGAACAGCCUGAGGGCUGCCCCCCUAAGGUUUAUGAACUUAUGAGAGCAUGCUGGAAGUGGAGCCCUGCCGACAGGCCCUCUUUUGCUGAAACACAUCAAGCUUUUGAAACCAUGUUCCAUGACUCCAGCAUUUCUGAAGAGGUUGCUGAGGAGCUUGGGAGAGCUGCCUCCUCUUCAUCCGUGGUUCCAUACCUGCCCCGGUUGCCUAUACUUCCUUCCAAGACUCGAACGCUGAAAAAACAGGUGGAGAACAAGGAGAACAUUGAAGGGGCACAAGAGCCGAUAGAAAAUUCUGCUUCCAGCUCAGCACCAGGGUUCAUCAGAAGCACACAGGCCUCCAGUGGGUCUCCAGCACUGCCUCGAAAGCAAAGAGACAAGUCUCCCAGCAGCCUCUUGGAAGAUGCCAAAGAGACAUGCUUCACCAGGGAUAGGAAGGGAGGCUUCUUCAGCUCCUUCAUGAAAAAGAGAAAUGCUCCCACACCCCCUAAACGCAGCAGCUCUUUCCGAGAGAUGGAGAACCAGCCCCACAAGAAAUAUGAACUCACGGGUAACUUCUCAUCUGUUGCUUCUCUACAGCAUGCUGAUGGGUUCUCUCUCACUCCUGCCCAGCAAGAGGCGAACCUGGUUCCACCCAAGUGCUAUGGGGGGAGCUUUGCACAGAGGAGUCUCUGCAGUGACGAUGGUGGUGGGGUUAUGGGCAGUGGCUCUGCUGGGGGUGGGUGGUCUGGCAUCACCGGCUUCUUUACGCCACGCUUAAUCAAAAAGACACUAGGCUUGCGAGCAGGUAAGCCCACAGCCAGUGAUGACACUUCCAAGCCUUUUCCAAGGUCAAACUCUACAUCUUCCAUGUCCUCAGGGCUUCCAGAGCAGGAUAGGAUGGCAAUGACCCUUCCCAGGAACUGCCAGAGGUCCAAACUUCAGCUGGAAAGGACAGUGUCCACCUCUUCUCAGCCAGAAGAGAAUGUGGACAGGGCCAAUGACAUGCUUCCAAAAAAAUCAGAGGAAGGUGCUGCUGUAACCAGGGAGAGACCAAAAGCCAAACUGUUGCCCAGAGGAGCCACAGCUCUUCCUCUCAGAACCCCCUCUGGGGAUCCAGCCAUUAGAGAGAAGGACUCUCCAGGGGUGGGAGUGGCUGGAGUGGCAGCUGCCCCCAAGGGCAAGGAGAGGAAUGGUGGGGCACGACUUGGGAUGGCUGGAGUCCCAGAGGAUGGAGAGCAGCCAGGCUGGCCUUCUCCAGCCAAGACAGCCGCCGUCCUCCCGACCACUCACAACCACAAAGUGCCAGUCCUCAUCUCCCCCACUCUGAAACACACUCCAGCUGACGUGCAGCUCAUUGGCACAGACUCUCAGGGGAAUAAGUUCAAGCUCUUGUCUGAGCAUCAGGUCACUUCCUCUGGAGACAAGGACCGACCCCGACGGGUAAAACCAAAGUGUGCCCCACCCCCACCGCCUGUGAUGAAACUACUGCAGCAUCCGUCCACGUGCUCAGACCCUGCAGAAGAGCCGACUGCCCCGCCUGCAGGACAGCAGGUGUCAGAAACACAGGAGGGAGGAAAAAAGGCAGCUCCGGGGGCAGCACCCGUCAGUGGGAAAUCUGGGAGGCCAGCGAUGCCUCCACCUCAAGUGCCUCUGCCCACAUCUUCCAUCUCGCCAGCCAAAAUGGCCAACGGCACAGCAGGUACUAAAGUGGCACUGAGAAAAACCAAACAGGUGGCUGAGAAAAUCUCAGCAGACAAAAUCAGCAAAGAGGCCCUGCUGGAAUGUGCUGACCUACUGUCCAGUGCAAUCACGGAACCUGUGCCCAACAGCCAGCUGGUGGACACUGGGCACCAGCUGCUCGACUACUGCUCAGGCUACGUGGACUGCAUCCCUCAGACUCGCAACAAGUUUGCCUUCCGAGAGGCCGUGAGCAAACUGGAGCUCAGCCUACAGGAGCUCCAGGUGUCUUCGGCAGCUGCUGGUGUGCCCGGGGCAAACCCUGUCCUUAAUAACUUAUUGUCCUGUGUACAGGAGAUCAGCGAUGUGGUGCAGAGGUAGCCAUGGGUCGCCGAGUGGGAGGGGUCACGGAUUUCUGCGGGGAGAGGGCAAGGGACUCAUUUUCCUGUGUUCUUGUUUUCAAAAAACAAAAGACUGAUACUUGAGUGUGUUUAUGUGAAGUACCUCAGAUCCCUGAGUUCUCACGUUUACAGUUUCAUCUCA